AUGGCCGUAGCACUGACGGACAAACAGAUGGACGAGGUAGUGAGACGCCUCACCGAGCAACUAGGGCCUAGGGUAGCGCGCCCGGCCCCUGCUGACAAAGGAGAUCCAGAAGGAGGUGAGCAAACGUGUGGGGCCUUGGCCGAAGGGGCCUAUCUUUGGUGUGAAGAUCUGAAAAGCCUGGAAUGCAGAUCAGACAACCAUGAGGUGAUUACUAGGGGAGGGGUCACUUCACCACAGAGGUGCUGGCAGAUAUGGAAAAGGGAACUAGAAGCCCACCCAGACAGAGAGUUUAGUGAAUUUAUCUUAAGAAGCCUGAGAGAAGGGUUUCGGAUCGGGUUCAAGCGGGCCGGUCGCCUGAAACCUGCCAAGGGUAACCUACAGUCAGCUUUAGAGCAUAAAGAAGUGGUGGACCAGUACAUCAGUAAGGAAGUAGAUGCAGGGAGACUUAUACGAGUAGAAAAACAGGUGCACCUCAGUCCUUUUGGAGUAAUUCCAAAAAAAGAAGCAGGAAAAUGGAGACUAAUUUUUGACCUGUCUCACCCACCAGGCGCCAGCAUCAAUGACGGCAUCGAGAAAUCUUUGGCAUCUAUAUCAUACGUGUCAGUAGAUAAUGUAGCAGAAGUGAUAGCUGAGCUGGGACGAGGCUCAUUCCUGGGAAAGUGCGAUGUUCAGAGUGCCUUCAGGCACAUUCCUAUCCAUCCUAGGGAUACAGGCUGGCUCGGUUUACAAUGGGAGGGGAAAGUGUACAUCGACUCUGCCUUGCCAUUUGGAUUGAGAUCGGCCCCUAAGAUUUUUACAGCUGUGGCCGAUGCCUUACAGUGGGUGAUAAUACGGAAAGGGGUGGAACAUCUAUUUCACUAUAUGGACGACUUUAUCACAAUAGCCCGUACAGAGAAGGAAUGUGAGGCCGCAAUGCAGGUAAUCCAAACAACGGCAGAGGGGCUGGGCUUACCACUGGAACCCAAAAAAACAGUGGGUCCAAAGCAGCAGAUAACCUUCCUGGGCAUAGAGAUCGACUCAAUAACAAUGGAAGUCAGGCUACCGCAAGAGAAACUGACCGAACUGCUAGAGCUUCUGGAGGCGUGGCUGGAUCGGAAGCACUGUACUAGAGACAAUCUAGAAUCACUAACGGGAAAAUUGCAGUUUGCCAGCCGGGUGGUACGCCCUGGCAGGUGUUUUCUGCAGCACUUCUAUGCAGCCAUAGCAGUGGCAAGAAAAAAAGCAGAGGUAAUGAGAGUCAAUAAAACAGUCCGGGCAGACAUUCGAUGGUGGCACACUUUUGCACAGGAAUGGAAUGGGACAUCCCUACUGUGGAGUUGUGUGUAA